UGCCUCCGGCGUAUGUUAGCCGCCAAGGGAGGCCCUCCUCCCCUGUCUGCAACUCUCGAGUUUUAGAGGGGAAACAAACUAAAGGGAGCCUCCAGAGAGAAAUGGAAGCUUCAUUUCUCUCUCCACCAGCAAAGCGUUCAAUCUAUACCGCGACAGGCAUGCCCGACCCCAGCCCCAUGGCCUAUGCCCCAAACGGAUCUUCUAAGCGCUCCAAGCCCCCUCCUCAGCCCAUCCCCGUCCCCGCCGGCCACGUUGCCUUCCGCCUCCUCUGCCACGCUUCCCGAAUCGGCGGAGUCAUUGGAAAGUCCGGCGUCAUCGUCAAGCAGCUCCAGAGCGACACCGGCGCCAGGAUCCGCGUCGAAGACUCGCCAUCCACCUCCGAUCACCGCGUUAUCUUAGUUAUUGCCCCUGCCUCCGUGAACAGGAGGAUCGCGCUCCAGGGUUCGUCAGAGGAGGUAGAGGCUUCGGCGGCGCAGGAGGCGGUGCUUAGGGUUUUCGAGCGGAUACUUGAGGUCGCUGCGGAGGUAGACGGCGUGCCUCCUGGCGGCGUUGUUUCUUGCCGUUUGUUGGCGGAGACCAGUCAGGUUGGAUCGGUGAUCGGAAAGGGUGGGAAGGUUGUGGAGAAGAUAAGGAGAGAGAGUGGGUCGAAAAUUAAGGUUUUAACCGCUGAGAAGUUGCCAACUUGUGCUGCCUCGACUGAUGAAAUGGUGGAGAUUGAGGGAGAUGUUCUGGCUGUAAAGAAGGCACUUGUUGCUGUCUCUCGUCGCCUUCAAGAUUGUCCAAAUGUUGAUAAAACAAAGUUGAUUGGAGGCAGACCUCUUGAGGUAGUUCCCCAGCAAAGCCUACCGGAUCCACGUGUAGAUCUUUUUCAACAGCGUGGUUCAGUGCUACCACCUAUUCCUAGCAACACCAUAAGUUAUGCUUCAGGAAGUCGUCCUUUGUCAAUAAACACUGAAAGGAUCUCCACCCUGGACCCAAAAACAUCACAGCAAGAAGUCAUUUUUAAGAUUCUUUGUUCCAAUGAUCGGGUUGGGGGUGUAAUUGGCAAGGGUGGGUCAAUUGUCAAGUCUCUUCAAAAUGAGACAGGGACUUCUAUAAGUGUUGGAGCUCCUGUUGCUGAGUGUGAUGAACGAUUGAUCACUAUUACUGCUUCAGAGAACCCAGAAUCAAGAUACUCGCCAGCACAAAAUGGUGUAAUUACUGUUUUUAAUCGGUCAAUAGAGGCUGGCAUUGAAAAAGGGCUAGAUUCUGGCUCGAAGGGUUCCCCUGUUUCUGCACGGCUUGUAGUUCCAUCAAACCAAGUCGGUUGUUUGAUGGGGAAAGGAGGCACAAUAAUCUCAGAGAUGAGGAAGGCCUCUGGUGCUGGGAUACGUAUUAUAGGGAGUGACCAGGUUCCAAAGUGUGCCUCAGAGAAUGAUCAAGUGGUACAGAUUUCAGGUGAGUUUGUAAAUGUUCAAGAUGCAUUAUAUCAUAUAACUGGUAGGCUGCGAGAUAACCUCUUCCCUAGUAAAACGUUGAAUGGUGCUGGAAUUAGGAGCAGUUCUGCAAUGAAUGAGAUCAGCCCCUAUGGAAGAGUGAGGGAUCCUGCCUCUUUUGGUCUGCACUCAUCGGUGGGUGUGUCUCCUAGCUUCAGUCGACAUACUACUUUAACACAGAGUAUGGAUCAUCUUGGACUUUCGCAUAGUUUAGACCAUCCAACUUCACCUAGAUUAUGGCCAUCACAGACGGUAACUGGAGUAAAUCCAAGGAACAUCAAGGGUGGCAUAGAGAUUGGCAGUGGAAGCAAAUCUGCUAUUAUUACCAAUACAACAGUGGAGAUUGUAAUUCCUGAAAAUGUUAUUGGCUCUGUUUAUGGGGAGAAUGGUAACAAUCUGGCUCGUCUGAGGAAGAUUUCUGGUGCAAAGGUCACUCUGCAUGAACCUCGUCCAGGAACAAGUGAUAGAACUGUAAUCAUAUCUGGGACACCUGAUGAAACCCAGGCAGCUCAGAGCCUCCUCCAAGCAUUCAUCCUUACUGGUCCUAAAGUGCCAGAUCAGACUCGCACCUGAACACAAGUGUAGUCCGAGUUUUAGUUGCUUUCUGGUUUUGCCCAAACUAUGUACAUUAAAGCAGCUUGAUUCAAGCCCUAGGUGCAUGGCAAUGCCAACAUUGUGCUGAAAGCAUCUCAGCUCCAAUUAAUUGCCAAAAUGUUAUUUAGUGUUUUCUGAUAUACUAACAUUUCUUAAGUCAGAUUACCUGGCUGGAGCUGAUGACUCCCAAGUAGUUGGAUUGAGUUGUAUUGGUGGGGUGGGGGUGGAAGAAAGGGUACCCAAAAAUAACUUAUAGUCUCUAUCCUAAAUGCUUGGCCUGACAUGGGCAAUCCGAUUAAAGCUAUAGUAAAGGAAGAACAUGAUGAUAUUGUCUUA